AUGAUAAUAGGAUUCAAGAAUGUGGAUGAUCAUAAAGGGUCUACAACUGCGAGAGUUCUUGUGGAUUGUUUAGCAGAGUGGGAUAUUAAAAGAGUCUUCUGCAUCACAGUUGAUAAUGCCACGGCUAACACAUCAGCUAUGAAGAAGUUCAAGGAAGAAUUCAUGAACCAAGGAGAAGAUGCAUUGGAAGGUUUAAAUGAGGUUGAUGAUAGCGUGACUGCCAUUCGGAAUGGUAUUCAGUACGUGAGGUCUUCAACCAACAGACUGAAGUCUUUUGAGUUUCAGGUUGAUACAAGUAAGAUGACUAGAGGAAGCCUUCCGUUAGAUGUCAAGACAAGAUGGAACUCGACGUAUCUGAUGCUAGACCAAGCAAUCAAAUUCAUGGCAGCAUUCGAGAAGAUGGAGGCUGAGGACAAACCAUACAUUGACUACUUUAUGGAGCUUGAAAGUGGGAAAAAGAGGAUUGAACCGGCGUCUACAACCGAUUGGGAAGAAGCUGAGAGGUUGGUACACUUUCUUGUCAUAUUUUACAAUUUAACUUUGAUGCUCUCAGCUACAAAGGGCAUUACGUCGCACAAGAUCUACAAUGAGAUUGUCACCAUCACUAGGAACGUCAGUAAGAUAAGCUCUGCACCAGGCGAUGAUGAAACACUACGGUUAAAAGCUUUGACGAUGAUGGGGAAGCUAAGGAAGUACUGGAAUCCAUUUUCGGAAGUAUCUGAGUUUGAGACUACUAAGUCAAAGAGCUGUAAGAUGAAUAAGCUUUUGAUUGUUGUUACUGUUUUUGACCCAAGAAAGAAGAUGAACUUUGCUAACCUCUUCUUUGAGAAGCUCUAUGGAAAAGAAAGCAUCGACUAUAAUCUGCUUUCUGAAUCCAUUACGGAUAUCAUGAAGCGCUUAUAUGAUGAGUACAGUUGA